CUCCCUACCACCUACUGUACUACUAGGUACCUGGAUGACUCACAAAGUCACUUCGCCCCCUCGUCGACUGCUGCAAGCGUAUUGGCGGCAAUCUCCGUGACUUUCUUCCACCCAAAGGGACUCUUUGGCUGUUACCCCGCGGGCUCUCCCGAGAGUCCAUCGGAACGCUGGCGACCAAAGGGACGACGCAGCGCCUGAGUCUGAUUUCCAGGCAUCUGGAUCAGCGCCUGCCGCUGCCGGAGCUUUACACCCCCUUCUCGACCGAGAGAAAUUCUGCCGAACCAGACGACAUUGAAUAUAAACCCCUCGAGCGACCGGUCCCUUCACCUGCUACUGCUGCUGCUGCUGCUGCUGCUUCUGCUUCUGCUAUUACUCCCCCGUCGCCGCCCCUCCCCGUUCCUACCGCCACGAUGCCGUCUUCUCAGGCCCCUCACCCCACCUUGCUGAUUCCCGGCCCCAUUGAAUUUGACGAUGCGGUCCUUCAGUCUAUGUCCCACCAUGCAGAGAGCCAUGUCGGUCCAGCUUUUGUCAAGGUCUUCGGCGAGUCGUUGACUCUUGUCCGGAAGCUAUUCCAAAGCACAAGCCCGACCGCACAACCCUUCAUUAUCGCCGGUAGCGGUACGUUGGGUUGGGACAUUGUCGCCUCAAACCUGGCCGAGAAGGGCGACGAGGCGCUGGUCCUCCACACGGGGUACUUUGGUGACUCGUUUGCUGCCUGUUUGGAGACAUAUGGGGUCCAUGUGACACAGCUCAAAGCGCCCAUCGGCGAGCGGCCAUCUCUCGGCGAAAUUGAACAGGCUCUCAAGGAGAAGUCGUACAAGGUCAUCACCAUCACCCACGUGGAUACAUCGACCGGUGUGUUGAACGAUGUGAAGAGCAUCGCCGCGCUCGUGCGUCGGAUCAGCCCCGAGACCCUGGUAGUGGUCGAUGGUGUCUGCAGUGUUGGAUGCGAGGAGAUUGCCUUUGACGAAUGGGAUCUCGAUGUCGUUCUGACGGCCAGCCAGAAGGCCAUCGGUUGUCCUCCCGGUCUGAGCAUCGUCAUGUGCUCUGGCCGCGCGAUCGACCGCUACAACUCGCGUUCGACACCCCCGGCGUCUUUUUAUGCGUCGAUUGGAAACUGGCUGCCCAUCAUGCAGAACUACGAGAGCCUGAAGCCCUCGUACUUUGCCACUCCGGCUACUCAGCUCGUCCAUGCCCUGCACACCACCCUAUCCCAGAUCACCGCCCGCCCCAUGGCAGAGCGCUUUGCGGCCCACACACAGGCGUCGGACCGCGUCAAGGCUGCGGUUGCCGAGCUUGGCCUCUCGCAGCUGGCCUCGAAGCCUGAGAGCCAGGCCCACGGCAUGACUGCCAUCUACCUCCCUUCCGGCCUGGCGCCGCCGGAUGUUCUCCCGGGUUUGAUGAAGCGCGGUGUGAUUUUCGCAGCGGGCCUGCACAAGGAGAUCGCUACCAAAUAUAUCCGAUUUGGCCACAUGGGCGUCAGCGUGACUGACACUGGCCGCAACGACAUUGACAAUGCCAUCGCUGCAUUGAAGGAGGCCUUGGCUGAGGCCAAGCAGGCUAAGGGAUUGUAGGCAGCAAAUCUCGAUUCUGUGUAUAAAGUUGUAUAGAGUUAUGCCUAUAAGCAACUCAAAGAAAACUCAAGUCAUACAUUAAUCAAGUUUCCAGUAAAGCUGUUUCUCUACUAUUUCAUACAAGGUUCUUGUGAAAGAAAAUAUAAGUUUGUCAUUCCUACAGAUACAGCAUCGAGG